AAAAGCAAAAUUAAAAAGAGGAAUAAGAAUAAAGAAUCCUUGUAAGCCGAAGAGGACCAAGAAUCAAUAAAAAGACUGCAUAAAAUUCAAGAAAGAAAAAUUAAAGAUAAAGAAAAAUAUAGAUAAAGAGAUGCUCUAAGAUGAUUAUAAGAGGAUGAUGAAUCAUAUAGAUGGGAAUCUUUAUCUCCGGAAUAAGAGAUGUAAAUCUUUUCAAUUACGAUUUACGAAAAGAUAAACGAAAGAAAGUAAUAAAUAAAAAGUUCUUAGUUCGUCGAUCGUGUUAUCCGUUAUUUAAGAAGGAUCUUUUUAACAAGUUGUGGAAGUUGGAGUAGAUAGAAAAAGAUAUACGAUCUUUUUGGCGAUUUGAAGAAUAAGAAGAGGAACUAGAAAAGAUCGUAGGAAACUCGAGAAAGAAAGAGAGAGACAGAGAUAGAGAAAGAGAAAGAGAGAAAGAAAGAGACUAACGAGUUGAACAGGAUGAAUCAUUUCGAUUGGAAGCUUCUACGCCGGAAGAAGGUGAUACCGGCCGAUCGUCGUUUACCAGAGAAAGAAGAAAUAUGGACAUUACCAAACGAUCAACAGGAAACAUCGACAUCGUUCGACGAACUCGUCGAUGAUAGAUCCAAGCUUUCGCAGGAUUUAGAGAAAAACCUAUCGUGUAAAACCCAACAGGAAUCAUUUUCUUUGGAUAAUGCGGAUAACGGGGACGUUAAUUUGCCACGUAGUCAAGAAACAAGGAAGAGCAAAACCAAGAGAGUUAAGAGUUAUCUUCGGAAAUGCAAGGGUGCAUUGUCGAAGGGCGACGAAACUGUUUCUGAAAAGAAACGUCAAGAGAAUUGUACGUCUUGGUAUCUCGAGGAUAAUCAUCAAUCGGUAUCGACUCGUCGCGAGGAGAUAGAUGAUUAUAUAGAAAAGUAUACUGAUCUUUCCGAGGAAAGAUUGCAGGAAGAAAAAUAUGAUCAGGAAGUUAUAACGAACGAUAACUUCGUCGAGGAUCCAUUAUUCGUUAAGUCAUCGAAGGAUGAUCAUAGGAUCGAUCUUGAAAGUGAAAGUAGGACGAUCGUUUCCUCGGAUAAAAGUGACCCAUCCGUUUCUAACGAAAAGUGUCAAUCCGAAAGGAAAUCUUUUAGAAAGGAGAACGAUAAAGAGAUUGACGAUACGAAUUUCGAUUCGGUGAUAAUCGUUGGUUUAGCAAAGGACGAUACGAAUUUGAACAAGUGCGAUUCUAACGAUACUCUGAUAGCUGAAGUGUCCGAGUUACGUGUUAACGAGUUUAACGUUUCUUCCAAUUCUACGAAUUUUCUCAAAGAGAAUGACGGAAGAGAAGAGAAUAUCGUCGAUUCUUUUAAAAUUCAGAGAGAACAGGAUGAAGAAGAAAAAGAAAAAGAACAAGAGGAAGCUAACGAAGAAGUAGAUAAAGAUGGAUCGAACGAUAUCGAAAUCCCAUUGAUCUUGCCUCUACCCGCGGCUCGCGGAGAUGUCGCUUCCUUGGUAAGGAAUCUACUUGGACCAAUUUAUGGCGAUGGUGUUAUCAAUCUUUUGAUAAGACAGGCGCGUGACAUUCUAGUAUGUGCUUAUCAUGGAAACCUGGAGAACUUUGUCAAGUCUUAUCUUUCACCCGCUGCGUUUCUACUCUCCAAGGUGAAAAGCGUCGCUUCAGAAACGGGUAAUGAAUUAGUGGUGCCUGAAGGUUGGCCUCUUACGAUAGGCGGGAGAGCCCUUGUCCUCCAGCUGGGCGAGCUCGAAGCUUCGGCACUAAGACUCGGGGAAUGUUACCUCUGCGUGCGGAGUGCAGCCGUAACUGCGAGCACUUUGUCGAGCGGUGCCGUGGCCGCUGCUGCUGCUGUUGAAAUCGUCGAGCGGAAUACCGUCGAGAUAGCAGUGAUCUGGCGAGCAACGUCGAUGAGGGCCCCAGGGAUCCUCGGUUGGGAGCGCGAGGACGAGUUUAUGGAUUGGCGAGAGCCAUCACGAAAAACUCAACACGGUUCGACAACAACGGGCUCGAAUAGCGGUGCUAGUACAAGUGCGACAACGACGGUAGCCCGAGCACGUCGUAGGUCGCGAGAAACUGCUAAAAUUUAUAAGGAAGAGGAAGAUAGAUCUAAGGAAGUAAAAGAAGAGUCGGAUGUUGGGCAUACGAUGUUGACGGCUAUGACGCCGGUUACGAAAUCGAGUUCGGCGUCGAGCGUCAUAGGUUGGAAAAACGAAAUAGAAGAUAGCGAAGGUGGUUUCGAGAAAUAUUCUCAACAACAACAACAACAACAACAAAUACAACAACAACAACAACAACAACAACAACAACAAAUACAAGAAGAAUCAAACGAAGACAGUUUCGAAUCUUCGUCUAGUCUUUCAGCAAAAGUGAAAAGGUGCGCCAAAGUUGUAUCACCAACAACGAUGGAAAAGUGGAAGGAAAGUGGUAGAUGCGAGACGAGAAGCAGGCCGAUCGCUCCAGAGGAUUUAAAGAGUCCCCUUAGGUUGGAGCAACUCGUAGCAAGGCAGGAAGUUGAGACGAGGAGGGAAACGAGGAAGGAGCAACUCGAGGAGCAGCAGCAUCAGCAGCAACGGCUGCAGAAGGCUCGACACCUCGAGGACGUUACCGACGAGGAACUGCCGACUUACAUCGCCAAUCUUCUCGUCACCGUUGAACGAAAGAUCGAGAGGGUCUCUCUCGAUGAUCUUACAUUUCCCUGUCCCGCAUGUAGGAACAUAGACACGGACGAUCCUCUUCUCGGAUGCAAGUGUGCAGGUGAGGAUUGUGCCUGCGGCGAACACGGUGCUGAAGACGAGUGUGAUUGCGGUCUGGCAUCUUCCUCUUCUCUAUCUACUAAAUCAAGGAAAGAUCAAUGUGCUAGAAGCUUUGAAGUUGCUGGUAUCAAGCAUAUCGAUAGCGACGACGAGGAGGAAGUUCGUAUGGGAUUCGGAACGAAAAAACGAGUCGACGAAGUCACUUCACCCAGGACGAUUCAUGACAUACCGGAACACGUUUUGACAUGUGGUCUGACACUGCCCGGAUAUACGGACACAGCAGGAAGACCAGUUCUCGAAUUCGAGGACACAACGAAGAGGGAAACCCUCACAGUUAAGGAGAUUUCAUCCCUUUUGCUCUACCUCGCCCGUUUGCCAAGUUCCGAACAAACGAAGGAUGGAUUGAGCCUUCUCGUUCUUGGUGAAUCUAACGAAUGUUUGGAUCUAUUGGAUAAAGCAUUGAUUCUGUUACAAGGAAGAAUCAACGUGAGUCAAGCAUUCGUUUUACGAAAUACCAAUACAGAAAACUCAACGAACGACUCCAUGUUACCUCUAAGUCGUGUUAAGACAAUCGUAAUAACAGACACGACUAACAAUAAAUUUAUACAAAGAGAAAGGCGCGAAGGGAAUUAUGAUCACCAGCAAUGGAUAACAUUUUACAAGGAAUACGAUGGACUAAUGAGCGAAUGGCAUGCAGCUGGACGCAGAUUAGCGCUCGAAAUGUCAGAGUUAAAGGAAUGCACGAGUUUGUCUGGCACCUUGACGCCUCUCGGUCGGCUCCUAACGGAUCCAACAUUGAGAAGAACGUCCAGGGAUGCUGAAGUAGCCAUUGCAGCUUUGGAAGAGCGGGCUACGUCUCUUUUACACAUCGAUUACAUCAAAUCAUCUCUACAACGAGCAAGAAGAUUGAUGGAGGAAGUCGGUAACGCGGCAACGAGAUUGGAGUCAUCCUUUGAAUCACGUCGAGCAACUAUACGCAAUCUUGCUGUACUCCGAAGUAUCGAGGAUCAAGCACACGAGGUAUUAUCGUGGCUUUGCAAGAAAGGCGAGGACGUAUUGUCGAAACACGCACAACACUCGGCGACGACGCUAACGGCAGCACGUCAUCACGAGAGAGAAUUCGAAAAGUUUUAUUUCACGUCGAUGAGACACAUCGACAAAGGAAGCGACCUCGCAGAGGCGGCGAGUGCGAGCGGACUCCGUGAACUCGCUCGAUCCUUGAAACAACAUCUUCGAGGAUUUGGUUCCAGGUUGGAGGAUCGACGCGAGUAUCUCGAGGAUACGUCGAGAUGCUGUCUAUUGCAGGACCGUGCUUACGAGUGGGCGCAGGAGGCUCGCGUGGCCGCCGAAAGGAGAUCCCAACAAUUUCUAAUGGCGAGGCCACCACUCCCACCGGAACAUUUCAACGAGAUGAUGGCGCUCGCUGAAAAGCUCGGUAACGAGAUACUUCUUGAACAAUGUCGCAUAGCUAGGAAUAAGUGUGCGGAAGCUCUCGAAAUUGCUAGGACUUCUUCGGCACCUGGCUCACCAGCCAGAAGAAGAUCCUUUGCCACUUCGGAUUCUUCGACAUCGUGGGACGAUAGUUUGACGAAGAGGACUUCAUGGGACGAUAGUGAUAGCACCGCAUCUUACGCAUGUCCGAUGGAAAGUGUUGGAUCCGGUGGAAGCGGAGGUCGGCCAGUAUUGGACAACAUAGCUGAACUUUGGGAAAGUGCCGAACAACUUCUCGAUUGUUCACCACCAAGAACACCACCGAGAAGUCCAGCACCACGAAGAUUGGUCAAACCUCCUGUUAAUUCGCAUCUUCAUAGGGCGGCUAGUAUAGCACCCGGAAUGAAAGCAAAAAAAACGAUACUUCUUAUAAUGAGAGAGAUGAUACAAACCGAACGAGACUAUGUGAAGUCGUUGGAGUAUAUAAUAGAGAAUUACAUACCGGAACUAGUGCGAGAGGAUAUACCUCAGGCAUUGAGAGGUCAAAGAAAUGUGAUCUUUGGUAACGUUGAGAAGAUCUAUGAAUUUCAUAGUCAACAUUUUCUACGGGAGUUAGAACAAUGUGAACAAUCGCCAAUGCUCGUGGGACAAUGCUUCCUAAGACACGAAAAGAAAUUCUAUCUCUAUGCUUUAUACAACAAGAACAAACCAAAUUCGGACUCGUUAAUGGCCGAAUAUGGUACGACGUUUUUCAAGCAGAAACAAAUGGAAUUAGGAGAUAAGAUGGAUCUUGCGAGUUAUCUGUUAAAGCCAGUCCAACGAAUGGGAAAAUAUGCGUUGUUGCUUCAACAAUUGGUAAAAGCUGGGACGGAUCUAUCCGAACAAAUGUCUGGUAAAGAUGAAAAAGAAGAAAAAGAGGAUGGCGUUAAACCGGUAGUGGAGGGGGAAGCUGAUUUAAGGGCUGCCGAACAGAUGGUACGGUUCCAACUUAGGCAUGGAAAUGACCUCCUGGCUAUGGACUCCCUCCGAGAUUGCGACGUAAACGUAAAAGAGCAAGGCAGGUUAUUACGGCAAAAUGAAUUCUUGGUUUGGCAAGGCAAAGGAAAGAAGUGUCUUCGUCAAGUUUUCCUCUUUGAAGAUUUAAUACUUUUCAGCAAAGCUAGAAGAUUUCCCGAUAGAAAGAACCUUGAUAUAUACAUCUACAAACACAGCAUCAAAACGACGGAUAUUGGUUUAACCGCAGUUAUCGCGGAUUCACCAACUAAAUUCGAAAUUUGGUUCCGCAAGAGGAAGCCCGGGGAUACUUAUACGUUGCAAUGCGCAAGCGAGGAGAUAAAAAAAGCUUGGACCGAGGAAUUGAGCAAUCUUCUUUGGAAGCAGGCGCUUCGAAACAGAGAAGUGCGCCUGGCGGAGAUGUCGAGCAUGGGCAUAGGAAAUAAACCUUGUUUGGACAUUAGGCCUAGCGCUAAUCAAAUAAACGAUCGUUCGAUCAGCGUAGCUCAACUUUCAAAAACACCCAGAUUUAGAAACUCUAUAGCAGUCUCGAUGUCAGAGGAUUCUGGACGUUGCAGUAGAAGACCUCACAGUGUCAUUUCAGUAAGUUCAUCCUCGAGUAGCGGUGGUAGCAGUGGACCACCUACCACCCAUAAUCUCGGUUUGGAUACCAGUCCUCGACCUCAUCAUCGAAGCACUACUUUGAACAGUCAGUGCAGCGUCGAAAGCGGAAUAAUAGCUGAUAUUUCAAUCGUCUCGGACGACGGAGGUGAUGGAACCGAAAGGAGCCAUUGGAAUUCGACGUUGGAAAGUCCAAUGUCGCAUUUACCAACAACAUCGACGCCAUUACAAUCGCCGAGCAGUGCAACGAUGGCAACAGUUACCACAGCUUCUUCCUCGGACACCAAUCUUACGCCUUACGAUCAAGACAUGUCCAUCAAUCUUUGAACUAUAAAUCGUUCGACGACGUCCAAAGGAGUUGAAACUCUCGAAAGGACAGAAAAUAGAUAACGCGUGGUGUUGAUUCACUCGCAUUAACUACUACAUAAAUACGUCUAUGUCUCUAUCUAUCUAUCUAUCUAUCUAUCUAUCUAUCUAUCUACCUAUUUACCUAUCUAUCUAUCUAUCUGUCUAUCUAUUUCUUUUUUCACUCUUUCUUUCUCUCUCUUACUCUUCCACUCUUUCUCUUUCUCUUUCUUUUUCUCUCUUUUACAUUCGAUGUAGCGUGAUGCAUGGUGGUCUAUAAGUGGCAUAUUAGAUAGUUAGGUGCAAAGAGAGAGAGAAAUAAUAUUCUACGGGCGUAACGUAGCGUUUAAACUAUACAAUAAUUUUUCUUCUGCGAAGGUAAUUAUAUCGUUAAAACGAAAUAAAUAAGGAAGGAAAACGAAUAAGAAAAAAAAAAGAAAGAAAGACAGACAGAAAGAAAGAAAGAAAGAAAGAAAGAAAGAAAAAGAAUUACGAAAGAAAGAAAGACGAGCAAAAGUUGUGCGUUUGGAACACGAUAAUGUCCAAUCACUAAUCGUUCUUGAAUUACGUUUUUGAAAGACGAUUUCCUCUGCGACCUUCGACCGUUGUAAUCACGCUAAUCGAAAAAAAAAAAGCAACAUGAAACGAUCUUUCUCGUCGUUUAUUGUCCUAGUGUCGUGCGACGCUAAUAUUGAAAUAAAUAAAUACGUAAAGAAACACAUAAAUAAAUAAAUAAAUAAAUAAGUAAAUAAAUACUAUCGAAUGAGUCUAUCUUUUGAUACGUUUUAAUUCCGCGGGCUCAGUGCGAUAUUAAUUAUGUUUGAUCGUCAUCGACCUGAAUCGUGUUAGCAGCAGGUUCAAUGAUUUUAUCCGAAGUGAACACGAUGCAUAUUUUCUUAUUACGUAAAGAAAAAAAAAUAAUAAUAAUAACGAAUCUUUCUGAUUCCGUAAUUAAUGUAUGUUUACUCGAAAACAUAAAAUAUAUUCACGUGUAUUUAAAUAAGUACAUUCUUCUCCUGCUGACUUGGAUAUAUGCUACAAUAUUACAUUAAA